UCGCAAUUUCAGGUUAGAGGAUACGGCUAGGACUAUGCCCAUACAUUGUCGUCUUUAUGUGCGCACCUAUUUCACUGCCUGAAGUAACCGUUUCCCAAUAAGCUCUGAUCUCCUCAUCUUAACGUUUCCUGCACUUCCGGUUCUUCUAAUCUAGUACCGGAAAAUGGGUUCCGAUAAGAAUGAUUAUGGCUUUUUGAAGGAGAUCGGUCUGGAUUCCACCAAUAUUGGCGGUUUUGUGGACGGCAAAUGGAAGGCCAGCGGUUCAUCUAUCACUUCUGUGAAUCCCUCGAACAAUAUGGCCAUCGCGAAAGUAAUGGAAGCAACCGUGCAAGAUUAUGAGGAGGGACUGCGUGCUUGUAGUGAAGCAGCUAAGCUAUGGAUGACUAUACCUGCGCCGAAAAGAGGUGAGAUUGUAAGACAGAUUGGAGAAGCAUUAAGAGCCAAGUUGGAUCUUCUGGGUAGGCUGGUGUCACUUGAGAUGGGAAAAAUACUUGCAGAAGGAAUAGGGGAGGUUCAGGAAAUUAUUGAUAUGUGUGAUUUUGCUGUUGGGCUAAGCCGACAAUUGAGUGGAUCGAUUAUACCAUCAGAACGGCCAGAUCAUAUGAUGUUUGAGGUGUGGAACCCUCUUGGAAUUGUUGGUGUCAUCACUGCUUUCAACUUUCCAUGUGCUGUCUUAGGGUGGAAUGCCUGUAUUGCAUUAGUUUGUGGAAAUUGCGUUGUGUGGAAGGGUGCCCCAACAACUCCAUUAAUAACUAUUGCUGUGACAAAGCUGAUAGCUGAUGUUCUUGAGAGGAACAAAUUACCUGGUGCUAUAUUCACUUCUUUCUGUGGAGGUGCUGAAAUUGGUCAAGCAAUAGCAAAAGACACACGCAUUCCCCUGGUUUCAUUUACUGGAAGUACAAAGGUGGGCUUGUUGGUCCAGCAAACGGUCAAUGAAAGAUUUGGCAAAUGCUUGCUGGAGUUAAGUGGUAACAAUGCGAUUAUAGUCAUGGAUGAUGCAGACAUCAAACUAGCUGUGCGCUCUAUUUUGUUUGCAGCUGUAGGUACAGCCGGUCAGCGUUGCACAACCUGUCGUAGACUGUUUCUUCAUGAGACUAUUUAUCAAAAUGUGGUAGAUCAACUAGUUGGACUGUAUAAACAAGUCAAAAUUGGGGAUCCCCUGGAGAAAGGGACACUUGUUGGGCCAGUGCAUACCCGUGCUUCAGUGGAAAGCUUUAAGAAGGGUAUGUCAACCAUAAAAUCACAGGGAGGAAAGAUCCUGACAGGGGGAUCUGUUCUGGAGUCUGAAGGAAAUUUUGUAGAACCAACAAUUGUUGAGAUAUCUCCAGAUGCUCCUGUAGUUAAGGAAGAGUUGUUUGGUCCAGUUCUGUACGUCAUGAAAUUUCAGACUCUAGAGGAAGCAUUUGCCUUGAACAAUUCUGUACCUCAAGGAUUGAGUAGCUCAAUCUUUACUAGAAGACCUGAAGCUAUAUUCAGGUGGAUUGGGCCACUGGGCAGUGAUUGCGGCAUAGUGAAUGUAAACAUUCCAACAAACGGAGCUGAAAUUGGUGGUGCUUUUGGCGGAGAAAAGGCAACUGGUGGUGGUCGUGAAGCCGGAAGUGACUCUUGGAAGCAAUACAUGCGUCGUUCCACUUGUACCAUCAAUUAUGGGAGUGAACUACCAUUGGCUCAGGGAAUCAACUUUGGCUAGUGAGCCAUCCUUCUGAGAUGUGAAGGAGGGGGCUGAAGUGCAACUUUCCGGCCAGGAGCGUAGAUGAUAUUAGGAGUAUGAUAUUUUGGCAGCCGCGUUAGCUAAAUAUAUGUAGUAUUGAACUAUAUACAUCAAACAGGGUACCCUCGCUUUCCGGCCCCCCUUCCCCCCCCCCCCCCCCCCCCCAAAAAAAAAAAAAAAAGAACAGGGCCCCCUUGCAGCUUUGAUGAUGUUAAAGAUACAUUGAGCAGACAUUAAUAAGCCAGUCAGGUAUGGUACUUCUGUUCAUACUAGAAGGUGCUUAAUUUAUGUUU